AUGGAAAUAAAUGAGAGAGCAAUAAGCAUUGAUUGUCCUCUAUCUCCCCCGGCUUGUACAAGUACAGAUGAUGGAAAAGAUGAUGAAAUAAAGCGAUUGGCGAAACAAUGCUCUAACAAAGUAAAUGAAUAUAUACAGGGACAGAUACAGUCAAGUAUUGAUGAUUAUAAAUUAUUGGAACAAAUGAAUGAUGUAACGGCACAGCGAUAUAAAGGUUGGAAUUAAUUUAGUUUUUUCUUCCCUUGUCGCUUCGGUCUUUCAUUUUUGUUUGGUUUCUUCGUUAUUUCGUGAAUCCCUGAUUAAUUUAAAGUGGUACUUUUCCGUUAUUCUCAUUGAACAUGCUACAGAAAAAAUUGGAGGAAGGAGACUGACCACUCUUUACAUAAGGCAGUCCUGGAAAAAUUUGCAAGAAGGG